CUGCACGGUGCCGAGCCCGGGGCGCGGUCCGGGUUGCUGGGGCGGCGCGUAAGAUGCCUCGAAUGGAGGAGUGUCUGAGAAGCGUCUCUGGGCCAGUGGCUUUCAAAGGAAGCGCAAAGCAGAGACUAUUUACAGCCCUGGACAUCGCAUCCUGAGGGCUACAGGACAGAACAUGGCCAUGAAUUUAGAUGACGACGUUCCCCUUAUCCUGACCUUGGACGAGGGUGGCAGUGCCCCACUGGCUCCCUCCGAUGGCCUGGGCCAAGAGGAGCUGCCUAACAGAAAUGGAGGCAGCUGUGCCGCCCACGACUCCCAGGCCCUUAGCCUGAGCUCUGAGGGCGAGAGUUUCCCCUCGAGCCCCACUGGACACAACUGGGAGAUGAAUUAUCAAGAGGCAGCGAUCUACCUCCAGGAAGGUGAGAAUAAUGACAAGUUCUUCACCCACCCCAAGAACGCCAAAGCGCUGGCGGCCUACCUCUUCGCACACAAUCACCUCUUCUACCUGAUGGAGCUGUCCACGGCCCUGCUCCUGCUGCUGCUGUCCCUGUGCGAGGCGCCCGCCGUCCCCGCGCUCCGGCUCGGCAUUUACGUCCAUGCGACCCUGGAGCUGUUUGCCCUGAUGGUAGUCUUCUUUGAACUCUGCAUGAAGCUGCGGUGGCUGGGCCUCCACACGUUCAUCCGGCACAAGCGGACCAUGGUCAAGACCUCCGUGCUGGUGGUGCAGUUCAUCGAGGCCAUCGUGGUGCUGGUACGGCAGAUGUCCCACAUGCGCGUGACCCGGGCUCUGCGCUGCAUUUUUCUGGUGGACUGUCGGUACUGCGGUGGCGUCCGGCGCAACCUUCGGCAGAUCUUCCAGUCCCUGCCACCCUUCAUGGACAUCCUCCUGCUGCUGCUGUUCUUCAUGAUCAUUUUCGCCAUCCUUGGUUUCUACUUGUUUUCCCCUAAUCCUUCAGACCCCUACUUCAGCACCCUGGAGAGCAGCAUCGUCAGUCUGUUCGUCCUUCUGACCACAGCCAACUUCCCGGACGUGAUGAUGCCGUCCUACUCCCGGAACCCCUGGUCCUGCGUCUUCUUCAUCGUGUACCUCUCCAUCGAGCUGUACUUCAUCAUGAACCUGCUUCUGGCCGUGGUGUUCGACACCUUCAAUGACAUCGAGAAACGCAAGUUCAAGUCUUUGCUGCUGCAUAAGCGGACCGCCAUCCAGCACGCAUACCGCCUGCUCAUCAGCGAGCGGAGGCCCGCCGGCAUCUCCUACAGGCAGUUUGAAGGCCUGAUGCGCUUCUACAAGCCCCGGAUGAAUGCUGGGGAGCGCUACCUUACUUUCAAGGCCCUGAAUCAGAGCAACACGCCUCUGCUCAGCCUGAAGGACUUUUAUGAUAUCUACGAAGUCACCGCCUUAAAGUGGAAGGCAAAGAAAAAUCGAGAACAUUGGUUCGAUGAACUUCCCAGGACAGCGUUCCUCAUCUUCAAAGGAAUUAAUAUCCUCGUGAAGUCCAAAGCCUUCCAGUAUUUCAUGUACUUGGUGGUGGCGGUCAAUGGGGUCUGGGUCCUCGUGGAGACGUUCAUGCUGAAAGGCGGGAACUUCUUCUCCAAGCACGUGCCCUGGAGUUCCCUCGUCUUUCUCACCAUCUACGGGGUGGAGCUGUUCCUAAAGGUCGCCGGCCUGGGCCCCGUGGAAUACCUGUCCUCCGGCUGGAACCUGUUCGACUUCUCCGUCACAGCAUUCGCCUUCCUGGGACUGCUGGCUCUGGCCUUCAACAUGGAGCCCUUCUACUUCAUAGUGGUCCUGCGUCCUCUCCAGCUGCUGAGGCUGUUCAAACUGAAAAAGCGUUACCGCAACGUGCUGGACACCAUGUUUGAGCUGCUGCCCCGGAUGGCCAGCCUGGGCCUCACGCUGCUCAUCUUCUACUACUCCUUCGCCAUUGUGGGCAUGGAGUUCUUCUGCGGGAUCCUGUACCCCAACUGCUGCAAUACAAGCACAGUGGCAGAUGCCUACCGCUGGCUCAAUCACACCGUGGGCAACAGGACCGUGGUGGAGGACGGCUACUAUUAUCUCAAUAAUUUUGACAACAUCCUGAACAGCUUUGUGACCUUGUUUGAGCUCACAGUUGUCAACAACUGGUACAUCAUCAUGGAAGGUGUCACCUCCCAGACCUCCCACUGGAGCCGCCUGUACUUCAUGACCUUUUAUAUCGUGACCAUGGUGGUGAUGACCAUCAUCGUCGCCUUCAUCCUCGAGGCCUUUGUCUUCCGAAUGAACUUCAGUCGCAAGAAUCAGGACUCAGAAGGUCUGUGCAGGGAGCAGGAGCAUUGGCUGUCCAGCGUUGACGGUGGCAUCGUCGUCGAGAAGGAAAUCUCCAAGGAUGAGCUGCUCGCUGUCCUCAAGCUGUACCGAGAAACGCAGGGAGCGGCCUCGGAUGUCUCCCGGCUGCUCAAGAUCCUCUCCCAGAUGGAGAGAAACGAGCAAACCACCGUGGUGUUUCUGGGACGGAGAUCGAGGACCAAAAGCGACCUGAGCCUGAAGAUGUACCAAGAGGAGAUUCAGGAGUGGUAUGAGGAACACGCCCGCAAGCAGGAGGAGCAGCUCCACGACAGCGACGGCCACCUCCCCGCCUCCCAGCAGCCCCUGGGCAGCCGCCAGCGCUCCCAGACCAUCACCUAACCCAGCUCGCGAAAGCCAUCUCUUCUAUGCAAUAACACAAUAGUAUUAUUUUCCUACGAUGUAUCGAAAUAAUAUGUGUGUAUAUACAUAUGCACAUAUUCAUAUAUAUGCACAUAUUUAUAUGGAGACAAAGGAGAAGACAGACAAGAUGGGGUUCGGUUUGUAACCACCUUGCCCCAUUUUCCGGGACCAUGGAAGUCAGUGUGCUCUGGGGGGCAGUCGGGCCCCUAGGAGCUCUUCCUAACAAAGCUCCGGAGGGAUCUCCCCAGGCCACACCCACACGCAGAGGGGCUCUCGAGAGGCUAACUUCCCCCAGGGCCCCGUCAGGGUUUCUGUCUCUUGCUUUAGGGACAAAACCACUUAUGAAGAAAAGAACCCACGUCCUCGGGGUUCAUGUUUCGUUAUAGGGUAAUGUAAUAGGGUGGUGCUUUGGGGGACCUGUGCCUGGGAACUGAAAGAGGCCUACAGGGUGAGAUUGUACCAGGUGGUCAGGUCUCAGCCCGUGUCAUGUCCUGGCUCUGUGAGCCCUCUGUCCCACAUCCCUUUCGGUUUGGUUUCUACUCUCGUUGCUGAAAAUCCUAACGUGGCCUGGUGUGGACCCCAGGCCCAGCACAGGGAGGAAAGCCAGUGAGAGGCCAGCCGACAGCUGCCGCCCCGGGCCCAUUCCUGCAACGGGCUUUCUCCACUAAGUCCCUUCUGCUUGCGAUUGUCCUGUCCAGGCAAAAAGACAUGCUGGUUAAUUCAGGAUUCUGCUGGAGACGACACUGAUCCUUCACAUGUGUGCAUUAGGUUCCGCUGCUGGGACCCAAGUGAAGAGCCGAUGCCCCACAGGCCUGUGGCCGAACCCCAGGGUCUCACUGGGUGGGGUGGUUGGUACAGAAGCAGGUUCGAGGGAACCCACAGUUCCCCUGGUAGCAUGGGGAGUUCUCCGAGAUCAGUGUGAUCAGGG